AUGGAGGAGGAAGGUCGAAACAGUGACGUUAGCCUAGUCUCCAGUGCGAAUAUAGGCGGCAGCGAAUCUCAAAUAGGCUUGCAAAGAGAGGCGGAAGACACAGCUGCAGCAAAUGUCGAAAGUGGCAAUAUUGACAUUGCCGAAGCACCACCAUCAUCCGCAGGCCAACGAAGAAGUGAAUCGGCUAGAGGCAUCAGCGACGGCCAGUCUAGUAACGGAGAUCAAGACAGUGACGAAUCCGAUGACGACGAACCAAAACUGAAAUAUCAAAGACUAACUACUGGACUGGCCGACCUUCUCAAAAAGGACUCUGUGAGCUGCAUGACUGCUUCUGAGAGAUUUCUGGCUCUUGGAACUCACUGGGGCAUUAUUCAUAUUCUGGACUUGGACGGCAACGAUGUCAAGCGUUUCCAAUGUCAUUCUGCUACUGUAAACCAAUUAAGUAUUGAUACCCAUGGAGAAUUCAUUGCUAGUGCUUCUGAUGAUGGACGCGUCCUGAUUAACAGUCUGUAUUCGGCUGAUGUUCAGCAAUUCAACUACAAACGUCCCGUCAAGGCAGUAUCCUUAGAGCCUGAAUAUAGUAAAAAGUCGACACGGCACUUUGUAUCUGGUGGCAUGGCAGAACUAUUGAAUUUGAGUGGAAAAGGCUGGUUUGGGAACAAGGACGUUGUUUUACAUUCUGGUGAAGGUCCUGUUUAUGCAAUUCAGUGGAGAGCAUCUCAGAUUGCGUGGGCCAACGACGCAGGUGUCAAGAUCUACGAUACUGUUCUUCAGCAACGAUUCGCCUAUAUCGACAGACCUGCUGAUAGCCCAAGACCAGAUCUCUAUCGCUGUAAUAUAUGUUGGAAGUCUGAUACUGAAUUGUUGAUUGGAUGGGCAGAUAGUGUGAAAGUUGGUGUGAUCAAAGAGAGAUCCAAAUUUGACGUUGCUUCUGGACUUCCGCCAAAAUACGUAGAAAUCGUUGCCCAAUUCCGCACCGAUUUUAUCGUAUCUGGAAUAGCACCAUUCAACAACAUGCUCGUUGUCUUGGCGUUCAUGACUGAUUUGGACGAUUCACGCACUGUUGAUGUAAUCCAAGACGGACCUGCCAAGCGAAAGAAAUCCAGAGCUCCAGAAAUAUACAUUUUGGACGCUCAAGGAGAAGAGGUCGCAAACGAUGUCUUGUCUUUGAAUCAAUUUGAGCACUUUCAACCCAAUGAUUAUCGUCUUGAAUUUUCUCCAUCGGAAUCAAGUUUCUUCAUUGUUUCUCCAAAGGACGUGGUGGUUGCCAAACCUCGUGAUUUAGAAGACCAUAUCGAAUGGCUUCUCGAAAGAAGUCGAUACGAAGAAGCUCUUCGAGCUGCUGAAAAGGCUGGCGAGUCGUACGGCGGUCGAUUGCAAGUCGCAAACAUAUUGGAUAUUGGUCAAAAGUACAUGAAUACUUUAAUGGGUGAAGGGAAAUAUGCUGAGGCUGCGGCAAUGUGCCCAAAGAUUUUGCGUCAGAACGUGGAUUUGUGGGAUCAGUGGAUUAUGGCUUUUGUAGAAGCGAAGCAGACACACGCAAUCCGUCCACAAAUACCGAUCAAGAAUCCCAAACUCUCCAGCAACAUUUAUGAGGUGGUAUUGGCUCAUGAUCUUGGUGCCAAGGCUUACAAGGAAUUCUUAGAUACCGUCAAAUCAUGGCCGCAUGAAGUCUACGAUGCCGAUAGCGUGAUCAAGGCUGUGGAAGAAGCGUUACUAAAGGAGCCAUCAAAUACAUUCUUGAGUGAAGCUGCUCUUGAAUUAUACACUCGAAACAAGCAAUUCGACAAGGCACUGUUACAAGGUCUCAAACUUCGACAACCAGGAAUUCUUGACCUGGUAUGGAUGAACAACCUGUAUGGGUUUGUGUCAUCACGAGCAGUUCUCAUGUUGGAGUAUGAUCAAGUCAUGCUGGAAAAGGGCCAAGUAGUAUCAACCGCUAUUGCUGAAGCAAUGGACAAGAGUCAAAUCGAAGAAAAUGAUGAGGAUGUUGGUCCAGCUAUUGCCAGCAUUCGAGCUGCAGGUCGAGCACCAGGAGUGCAAAUACUGGUUCAAAAUACGGAUCGAAUACCUAUACCUCAAGUCAUUGCUCAGAUUAAACAAAAUCCGAAAUUCCUCCACAUCUAUCUGGAUGCCCUGUAUCGAAAAGAUCCUCUUGUGGGUGCAGAAUAUCAUCCAUUGCAAGUCGAAUUGUAUGCCGAGUAUGAUUAUGCCAGGCUAUUGGACUUUCUCAAGAGCAGUACAUUUUAUCCUCUACGAAAGGCUUAUGAGAUUUGUGAAACACGUGAAUUCAUACCCGAGUUGGUGUUUCUAUUGGGCAAAAUGGGUAACAAUCGAAAAGCGCUCUUCCUCAUUAUUGAGAGGUUGGGUGACGUCCGACGAGCCAUUGAGUUCGCAAAAGAGCAAAACGACGAAGAGCUGUGGAAUGAUUUGAUGAAAUAUUCCAUGGAUAAGCCAGACUUUAUUGUUGGCCUACUGGAGAAUCUUGGAUCUGUAAUUGAUCCCAUCAGAUUGAUUCGUCGGAUUCCUGCUGACUUGGAAAUUCCUGGAUUGCGUACAGCCUUGAUCAAGGUCAUGCAUGAUUAUGGGGUCCAGAUGAGUUUACGGGAGGGAUGUGAACGGAUUUUGCUGGCUGAUACGGUAGAGCUGCUUACAAGUCUGCAACGAGCUCAGAAGCGUGGGAUGUCAUUUGUUCCUGAAGUGCAGUGUGCCAUGUGUGGUGGUCAGAUAUUCCAGGACAGCAAUCCAACUAUAGCAAUGGUUGCCUUCUUUUGCCGACAUGUAUAUCAUUAUAGUUGUCUGGCAGAAGGACGAGCACCAAGCAGUUUCAAUGUGGCAACGAACGCCUUUUCUAACGAGAGAGUUGCUCGUGCCAUGUCUACGUUGUAUGCCCGUCCAGGCUAUAGCAUGAAGGAGCCAUUAUCUUCCAAUCAUCCACCAUCACGAAGUACUAGUGAACGAAGCCUACCUGAACCUGCAAUGCCACUAGUCGGUCUAUCGUGUCCACUAUGCAAUCACACAAAAACACCACUGAUACCUCGAAUGAAACUGGAUGAGCCAUCUCCAAAGAGGGGAGAGGUUGAAAUAGGUGGGUUGGUUGGCUCUGUAUCUAGUAGCUCGGGAAGUUUAGGACUCAGAGGUAGUAACUCUGGCUCAAAAGCUCUAUCUGCUAUAGUAACUCAAAAACCGGCUGUGUCAGCUGUUGUAUCGCCACCAGUAAUUGUGAAAAAUGUAUCAAAGUCAGGGAGUGUUGCACCAGCACUACCCCCUCGUGCUCCAACGCCUUCCUUGAAAAAGUAA